CAAUUAGGGACUUGCAAUCAAAACGGUUGUCCUACCAAUUCCAUUUUAAUAAGUGGCAUGUAGUGAAUUCUGACAGAGUAUUCUAGUCAUACCUUGUACCUUCAGAACACUUUCAAUUUCAUUUAAAUCUGUGAUAUACUGUUGUGAUAACAGGCAAAGCCUUCACCAUUUAGGUGUAUUUAACCGGUUUUAUCAAUCUAAGUGCCAUUGACAUUUAGUAGCCUCGAGGACUUCAGUUCUGGUCAUUUGUGCACUCAGUGCACCACGAAACGGUUCAGAUAGCUUGGUUACGACUACAGAAUACUCAUUUUGAAUUCAAUACUGUGCACUGACAGUGGUGGUUAACAAUAUCAGGAAGCAAUUUUGUUGUUGGAAUUUUUUUCAUUUGAUGUUAAUAUAAACAACAGUAAGAUACAGAGCAUCAAACAACUGAUGUCAUCAGUGCUUGUUUGCAUUUUAGGUAAGAUUCAACAGUUAUUGCUUCUUGGUAUUUGUUUACAUAUCAGUGUGAUUGACUCGACACAACUGAACUGAUGUUCAUUAUUUUAUCGUCUCUUUUACAGCCAGUGCCAGUGGCCCGCCAUCAGUUGCAAGCGGGGUUGGGGGAGAGGGUGAUAUUAUGGUUCCAUUACACCUUGCCUCUGUCAAGUGCAAGGCUCUCUAUGUAGAGAAAAUGAAAUCAUCCGUCAAAGACUCUGAAUGGUGUAAUAACUUGCUCAUAGGAGUCUUUGGAGAGGAGCAGGCCUCCGUUCUGCGGUGCAGACUCCAAGGAGAAAAGAGCAAGGAAAAUAUAAAGGUUUUCAAGGAAGUCUUGCCAGACUUCCUGAAAUGCGCUACAAAGGAAUACAAGACUUGGAAGCGGUCCUUUCUCCGGACGGAUGCUGAGGGGAACCAAGUGCAAGUUUUCGAUGAGUCAGCGAUAACAAGCUAUGUCAACGGUUUGGAGGGGUACUUAGGACAGAGGUGUAAAGCUAUGUAUGCCAGGCUUCACCCAACUCCUGCGAAAGCCAAAGCCAAAGCUGCGCCUGCUGCAGCUGCUGAACAACAG